AUGUUCAAGCUCGCCGUGUUCGCCGCCCUUGUGGCCGUCGCCUUUUCGAACGUGGCCGCGCCCGCUAUUUGCCUGGCGUGCCCCGGUUUCCCCGGCUUCCAGCUGCCCAGCGUGUUCAUCGGCCCGAUCACCUUGGACACGAACAACUGCCAGAACAUCAAGCCCACCUGCAACACCGCCAACACGCACAUCGAGAUCGACGGAAAGGCCUGGGACAUGCAGACCGCUCUCGUCUGCACCAACCAGAAGUGGACCCUCAACGGCAAGGCAGUCGAGUCGGUCACCUGCGCCGCCGACAAGCCCACCAACUCUGGCCGUCAC